AUGGCUGACGAGAACCCUUAUUUGGCGCAUCUUCCAGCAUCGCAACGCAAGAUCCAGGGUGACAAUGAGUCCAAUGGUUUCCACGGCAUGAUCCCUCGCCAGACGACGGCUGAACAAGCUGAAAAGCUAGAGAACGGCAGCUUCAAUCCCUUCAACAAUAAGCCAUUCACUGCUCGCUACCAAAAAAUCCUUGAAGGACGACGCAAGCUUCCAGUGCAUGCGCAACGAUCCGAGUUCCUUGAAAUGGUCCAUAAGAAUCAGUUUGUGGUGCUUGUUGGUGAAACGGGAUCUGGUAAAACGACACAGAUUCCUCAGUUCCUUGCUUAUGAUGAACUUCCUCACCUCAAGGGCAAAAUGAUCGCUUGUACACAACCUCGUCGUGUUGCCGCCAUGUCAGUUGCUCAGCGUGUGGCGGAUGAGAUGGAUGUUCAAUUGGGUGAAGAAGUUGGUUACAGUAUUCGUUUCGAGGACAACACAAGCCGUAAGACAUUCCUCAAGUACAUGACCGAUGGUAUGCUCUUGCGUGAAGCCAUGUCGGAUCCCAAGCUUUCCCGCUAUUCGGCUGUUAUUCUUGAUGAAGCUCACGAACGUACACUUAACACGGAUAUUUUGAUGGGUCUUCUCAAGGAGGUUUGCCGUAAGCGUAAGGAUCUUCAAGUUGUUGUCAUGUCUGCCACACUUGAUGCUGGUAAAUUCCAAAAGUACUUUGACAAUGCGCCUUUAUUGUCUGUGCCUGGUCGUACUUUCCCUGUCGAGAUCUAUUAUACACCUGAACCAGAACGUGAUUAUUUGGAAGCUGCCAUCCGUACGGUGGUCCAAAUUCAUUUGAGUGAGCCUGAAGGUGACAUCCUCGUGUUUUUGACUGGUGAAGAGGAGAUCGAGCAAGCUUGCAGAAAGAUCAAGGCUGAAGUGGAUGAACAAAUUCGACAAGUUGGAUGUGGACCUUUGUUAGUCGUUCCUUUGUACUCGACAUUACCACCCGCUGCUCAACAACGUAUCUUUGCCAAGGCACCAGCAGCACGUGAACCAGGUGGUGCUCCUGGUCGUAAGGUCGUUGUAUCUACCAACAUUGCAGAGACAUCGCUUACUAUCGAUGGUAUCGUGUAUGUGAUCGAUCCUGGUUUCGCCAAGCAAAAGGUGUACAAUCCUCGUAUUCGUGUUGAGUCUUUGUUGGUAUCACCCAUUUCCAAAGCUAGCGCCCAACAGCGCGCAGGUCGUGCUGGUCGUACUCGUCCUGGCAAAUCCUUCCGUCUUUACACUGAAAGCGCUUUCAACAAGGAGCUCAUUGAACAGACCUAUCCUGAAAUUUUGCGAAGCAACUUGGGAUCAGUGGUAUUGCAGCUUAAAAAGUUGGGUAUUGAUGACUUGGUGCAUUUCGACUUUAUGGAUCCACCAGCUCCUGAAACUUUGAUGCGUGCACUUGAAUUGCUCAACUAUCUUGGUGCGUUGGAUGAUGAUGGUGAAUUGACGCCUACUGGUGAAUUGAUGUCAGCUUUCCCCUUGGAUCCUCAACUCUGCAAAAUGUUGAUUGAAAGCCCAAGCUUCCGCUGCUCUAAUGAAAUCUUAUCUAUUGCUGCUCUCUUAUCAGUGCCCCAAAUCUUUAUGCGUCCCAAUGAGGCUCGCAAGCUUGCCGAUGAAGCCAAGGCCAACUUUACUCAUGCUGAUGGCGAUCAUCUUACAUUGUUGAAUGCUUAUCAUGCUUACAAGUCCAAUGGUGAUGAUAGCCAAUGGUGCUGGGACAAUUUCUUGAAUCAACGCUCUCUCAAGUCAGCAGACAAUGUACGCAAGCAAUUGCAACGUACGAUGGAAACACAUGAUUUGGAUUUGGUAUCGACACCUUUCGAAGACAAAAACUACUUCCUCAAUAUUCGUAAAGCAAUGACAGCUGGCUUCUUCAUGCAAGUGGCACAUUUGGAGCGUACGGGCCAUUAUCUCACCGUCAAGGAUAAUCAAGUGGUUCAGCUUCAUCCAUCCUGCGGUCUGGAUCAUAAGCCUGAAUGGGUGUUGUAUCACGAAUUUGUCUUGACAACCCGCAAUUAUAUUCGUACCUGCACAGAAGUCAAGGCCGACUGGUUGUUGGAUAUCGCCCCACAAUACUAUGAUUUGUCAAACUUCCCACAAUCAUCAGCAAAACGUGUACUCGAGAAAUUGGUGGCUCGUCGUCGUCGUGCAGUUGAGGAAGAUCCUCGGAGCUCCAAGAAGCGCAAGAACUAG